AUGCACCGCGCCCUCACCCUCCCCGAAGUUCUCCUCUCUAUAAUCUCUUACCUACCCACCCGGGACCUCUUAACCUGCCAUGCCGUCUCAUCCGGAUGGCGCCGCAUCCUCAUCGCAAACCUACCCGCUCGAAUGCGUCCACUACCCGAUACCCCCUCCUCUCCUCUCCUCCAAGAAACCACGCUUGUUCUACCAGAUUCCAUACGCAGCCUCGCCCGUUCACUCAACCUCCGUCCGAAAGAACUCGUCAAUUGGAUCGUCCAGCCAGAGGUCGAGACCGACCACCUGAUCUGGCGGGAUGCGACAACAGAUGAGCUGCAGGAAGCGUUGGGACCGUAUAUGCAUCCUUUGCUAGCGGCGCAUGCGUAUGAUUUGACGGGUGGGGUAGAAAAUGUAGCAAGGGGGCAGAUGGGUCUUUCCAUUGGAACGAGGAUGGAGCUGGGAGAGUUUGAACGGAUGCUUGAGAUAAGGGAUGAUGAAGAGGAAGGGAUGAAGUAUUUGACGCAGCCAGUGACGAAGAAGGUGGAGGUGAGGUGUUUGGAUGGAGCGGAGUGGAAUGAAGAGUAUAUGAAUGUACGCGCGAUAGAGGGGGAGAUGGAGUGGUUGAGAAAAUGUGUGAGGGUUGAACGGGAAAGUGGGGUUAGAAUGUGUGAUGUUAUUGAUGAACUGAGGGGGGUUAUUGAGGCUGAUUGGAUCGUGCAGCAUGGAUCCGGUAAUGUGCUGCUGGAUUGGCGCAUGGGUGACAAUCCCGAGAGGCAUUCUUUCCAUGCUUUUGACCGCACGGGGUGA